AUGCGAUUCGGCAUACAUGCCCUGACCCUAUUGGCCUUGGCCCCAGUGGGUCAACAUGCCUUCCACAACCCAGCCAUCCUGACGAGGCCACCAUCUCUUCAAAACAAGCAUCAUGUGGACUUCCACAGCCGGCGUCAUCCCAUUCUGUAUGCUGAUGACAUGGACGAUGUAGCUCAAGAAACUGCCGAGGCCUUGAAAGCCGCUGAUAAGGCUCUGAAGGAAAGUGCUGCUCAAAAAGCCCGGGCUCGGGAAGCAGCACAGCUGAACAAAGAGGCCAUUGCGAGUGCAUUGGGUGGAGCUGCCAUUGGAACCGUUCUUGGAGGAGUCGCUCUUAUUACAGUCCCUGAUCUGGCCGAUUCCGUGCCUGCAGUUGUCCCUCCUUUGGUUCUCGCUGCCUCCCUGGGUGGAGCAUCUUAUGCUGGAGCCACCCAAGAAGGAAAAGUGGGUAAAAUUAUCAGAAAUGUAGUUGGACGAAGCACCAUCGCUGCUGGAGCUAAUGCCAAAAAUGCGGCCGUUGCUGCUGGGGAAAAUGCCAAACAAGCUGCCAUCCAAGCUGUGGACGAUGCAGUCGAUGAAGUCAAAGCUGUCCCUUCAAAGAUUGCUGAUGCUGCCAAGAAAAAGGCUGAUGAAACCGUAGAGGAAAUCAAAGCUGUUCCCGGAAAGCUUGCUGAUGCCGCUGUGGAGGUCGCCGAGGAUAUUGUAGAUGAAGUCAAGGCAACUCCUGGACGUGUGGCAGAGUCGGCCAAGGUUGCUGCAACAAAAGCUGUAGAUGAUGCGCAGAAAAAGGUCCAGGCAACUGUGGAAGAAAUUAAAGCGUACCCUGGCAAAAAGCUUAGUGAAAUGGAGCAGUAUGUUGAAAAUGUUCUCGAGGGCAACUCUUUGAACGUUCGACUGGAGGUCCCUGAACCACCCAAGUCGCCACCCCCGCCCAUGAUGGUCAAGCCAUCUGAGGAUGCACCCCCCAAGCCCCCACAAAUCCCCAAAACACCACCCCCAUUAAAGGCUGUUGUACCACCACCAAAGCAAGAUUCAGGACCAGCGUUCUCGUUGCCCAAGGUGGAAAUACCCAAAGUGGAACUACCAAAGGUUGACAUUCCGAAGCCAAAGCCACCACCAGCCAAACCAAAGGCGCCUCCGUCCCCACCCAAGCCAGCUUCUGAUGCUCUACCCAAGUUUGAGCUUCCAAAAGUGGAGAUUCCAAAGAUAGAACUUCCGGCUCCACCCAAAGCAGACCCUUUGGAAGCUAAGCGCAGGGCUGAAGAAGCCAAGAAAGCUCAGGCCGCCAAGCAGCGUGCUGUCGCUGCAGCAGCUGAAGCCAAGCGAAAGGCUGACGAAAAGAAGCAAGCUGAAGCUGAACAGAAGAAAAAGGAGCUCGAACAACAACGACGCCAAGCAGAAGAGGCUCGCAUGGCUGCUGCCGAAGAAAAACGCAAGGAGCUUGAGGCCAAGAAAGCAGAGGCAGCAGCUGCUGCUGAACAAAAGCGUCAAGAAUUGGAGGCCAAGAAGCUGGAGGCCAAGAAGUCUGAUGCAGGUGCUGUCGCUGAAGCAAGGAAUCAAGCUGCCGAACAAAAGCGACAAGAAUUGGAGGCCAAGAAGGCAGAGGCAGCUGCUGCGGCUGAAGCCAAGAAACAAGAAGCUGCUGCUGCUGCUGAAGCAAGGAAACAAGCUGCCGAACAAAAGCGUCAAGAUCUGGAGGCCAAGAAAGCAGAGGCAGCUGCUGCGGCUGAAGCCAAGAAACAAGAAGCUGCUGCUGCCGCUGAAGCAAGGAAACAAGCUGCCGAACAAAAGCGCCAAGAGCUGGAGGCCAAGAAAGCAGAGGCAGCUGCUGCCGCUGAAGCCAAGCGACAGGAAGCCGCUGCGGCGGCUGAAGCCAAGAAAGCAGAAGCUGCUGCCGCGGCUGAAGCAAGGAAACAAGCUGCCGAGCAAAAGCGCCAAGAGCUUGAGGCCAAGAAAGCAGAGGCGGCUGCUGCCGCUGAAGCCAAACGAGCGGCUGCUGCAGAAGCCGCUGAAGCUCGCCGCAAGGAACAAGAGGAGAAGAGAGCUGCUGCCGCUGCAGCUGCACAAGCCCGCAAGGAAGAGGCCGAACAAAAGCGCAAAGAGCUUGCCGAGAAGAAGGCUGCUGAAGCCGAGGCGAGACGAAAGGAAUUGGAGCGUAAAAAGGCUGCUGCAGCUGCCAAACCUCGCCCCAGCUUUGGAUUGAUGCCCCCCGCUUCAGCGCCCAAACCCGCAGCUGCUGCACCGAAAAAGGCUGCCCCAAAGAAGCCGACUCCGAAGGCGCCUCGUGGCGUUCCGACGAUCGUUGCAUGGAAGCUGCAACGCAAUGGCGGAAUCUCUGGUCGCGUGUACGGAUCACCUAACUUUAGUGCUGGCGAACGCGUUGACACAUCCGAAAUUGUUUCUGGAACAAUUGACAACGGGAAGGUUGUCAAAACUAGUUCUGGAAGUCGAUACUUCUUGAGCGACGACGAAGCUCAGUUCAAGCAAGCUGGUGGCAAGGCACCGGUGAAAAGCGUGCAAUCGGCAAGACCAAGGUCAACGAUCACUAUCACCCGCGAUGCAAAGGCAGCAGCAGCCAAGGCUGCCGAGAAAGCAGUGGAAGAUAAGGCAGCGCCGCGGGCCACGUUCUCUCUUUUUGGUAUCUUCGGAGACAACAAAGAACGUCCCGAAGUGGAGGAAACGAAGAAGGUACCAGCCAAGAAACCAGCACCGAAAGCUGCGACUGAGCCACGUCCCAGCUUCACCCUGUUCACGCCUGGAGCCGCUCCGAAGGCUGCUCCGAAGCCCGCAGCUAAGAAGCCAGCCCCAAAACCAGCCACACCACCUCGUCCAAGUUUCUCCCUGUUCUCACCUGGAGCAGCACCAAAGGCUGCUCCUAAGCCUGCAGCAAAGAAACCAGCACCAAAACCAGCUACAGCGCCACGCCCAAGUUUCUCCCUGUUUGGACCCGGGGCCGCACCGAAGGCUGCUCCGAAACCCGUAGCAAAGAAACCGGCACCAAAGCCUGCUACAGCGCCACGCCCUAGUUUCUCAUUGUUUUCGCCCGGAGCUGCACCAAAGGCAGCGCCAGCUAAGAAACCUGCCCCCAAACCAGCUACCGCACCACGCCCCAGCUUCUCUCUGUUUUCGCCUGGAGCUGCACCCAAGACAGCACCUGCGCCAAAACCAGCACCCAAGAAAGCAGCAGCAAAGGCCAAGCCAGCACCCAAACCCAAGCCCGCUCCAAAACCGAAGACUGCCCCUCGUGGAGUUCCGACGAUUUCGAGGUGGAGGCUGAACCGUGAUGGAAGUAUUUCAGGUUCUAUCAGCGGAUCAAGCAACUUCCGAGACGGUGAGCGAGUUACAACCAGUCCAAUCGCCCAGGGGAAGAUUGAUUCGGGGGAGGUCAUUUCAACUGGCAGUGGAUCGAAAUAUUUCUUGGCAUAG